CAUUUCGUGCCUUGUCCUAGUAUUGAAGUCAAUAGCGUCACCAAAAGUCCAUCAUUAUGGACGUCAAUAACGAUCACUAAAAGUACGACACAAAUGCAAAUGCGUCAUAUCACAAAGCACGACGCAAAUGCGGAUUCUUCCAUAAACCCAGAAUGGGGCUCAGACGAAAAAACAAUCACAAAUUAUUCAAGCCUAAAA